CUUUAACCUCAAGCUCCAUUGGACUUUGACGCUGAACCCCAAAAUCUUUACCGCGUUGACAACGACAGCAACGAUAAUAACAGGACCGCACUACUUUUUCAGUAUCUUCUCCAAUUCUCCCCGGUGUUUUCUAUCCUGCAAUUUCUAAAGCCCCCUUGUCUGGCUGGCAGUGCCUGUUUCUCGAAAUGCCACAAGCUCCAGAAAAGGACACUAUCCGCAUACUGGUGUCGACCGACAAUCAUGUAGGCUAUGCAGAGCGGGAUCCAAUCCGGAAAGAUGAUAGCUGGCGGACCUUCGAUGAGAUCAUGCAGAUAGCGAAAGCCCAGGACGUUGACAUGGUUCUUCUUGGCGGCGACCUCUUCCAUGACAACAAGCCUUCUCGAAAAUCCAUGUAUCAAGUCAUACAAUCUCUGCGGAAAAACUGUCUGGGCAUGAAGCCCUGUGAGCUGGAGUUUCUGAGUGAUCCGCAAGAGGUUUUCGGUGCAUCAACCGACUGCGUCAACUACCAGGACCCCGACAUCAACAUCUCCAUUCCAGUCUUCUCUAUCCAUGGAAAUCAUGACGACCCCAGUGGCGAUGGUCACUACUGUUCGCUCGAUCUUCUACAGGCUGCCGGGCUCGUCAACUACUUUGGCCGUGUGCCUGAGGCGGACAACAUCCACGUCAAGCCGGUUCUCCUGCGAAAGGGAGAGACUAAACUGGCCCUCUAUGGGCUAAGCAAUGUUCGUGAUGAGCGGAUGCACAGGACAUUCCGAGACAACAAGGUUCACUUUUAUCGGCCCGGCCAGCAGAGGAACGACUUCUUCAACCUACUGACCCUUCAUCAAAACCACUACGCCCACACACCAACCAGCUACGUAUCAGAGAACAUGCUGCCCGAGUUUAUGGACCUUGUCAUCUGGGGCCACGAACACGAAUGCUUGGUGGAUCCCAUAAAGAACGAUAUCACCAAUUUCCAUGUUAUCCAACCCGGUUCCUCCAUAGCCACCUCUCUUGUGGAGGGCGAGGCGGUAACAAAGCAGGUUGCAAUUCUCAACAUAACCGGCAGGCGUUUCACGGUAGACAAAAUUCCCCUGAAAACGGUCCGGCCAUUCGUCACCAGGGAGGUUGUGCUGGCGGAAGACAAACGAUUCAAGGGGCUCGAGAAGAAACAGGACAACCGCCAAGAAGUCACCAAACGCCUGAUGACAAUUGUUGAAGAGAUGAUUGAGCAAGCUAAUGCCCUGUGGGAGUCCACCCACGGCGGUGAUGCUGCCGAGGAUGAGACGCCUCUUCCCCUGAUACGACUGAAAGUGGAAUACACCGCUCCGGAAGGCUCCAAGUUUGACGUGGAAAACCCCCAGCGCUUCUCCAACAGGUUUGCCAGCAGGGUGGCCAAUCGGAACGACGUCGUGUACUUUUACCGGAAGAAGACAGCAGUCACAAGGAAAAUUCCCAACGACUCAAAGGAGCUGCGAGAAGGCGUUGCAGAAGCCCUGGAAUUGGUCGAUACCAUCAAGGUCGACACUCUUGUGCAGGAAUACUUUGCCCAGCAGUCUUUGAAGAUUCUGCCACAAGCUCCUUUUGGAGAUGCUGUCAACCAGUUCGUCAACAAAGAUGACAAGCAUGCUGUGGAGAUGUUUCUGCUCGAGUCACUCUCCACGCAGGUCAAGGGGCUGCUGCAGCUCGAUGACGAAAAGGUGACGGACGACUUGGAGGCACAAAUCGAGGAAUACAGGAAAGUCAUGGAGAAAGAUUUUGUCAUCGGCCAGCACAAGCAAGCACAACGCAAGAGGAGGUUCAAGCCCAAGCCCAAUGGCUGGGAUUCCGAUGUGGAUGGCCACUGGCAUGCCCAGCCGGAAGCGCUUGAAGAGCUGGUGACAUCUCCACCACAGGCAACUUCCAAGAGCCGAGGCGGUGCUCGCCCAACCUCUGGCGUUGUAUUCAGUAAUGAGAACGAGGACAUGUUGGAGGAGGAACCGGUCGCGGCGGAGCCAAAGCGAGCAGCGAGAGGAGCCCGAAAGACUGCUGCCACACCAGCCAAGAAAGCAGCAGUGGCCAAGAAGGCGGCAGCGCCUGCGAAGAAAGCCACGACGAGGACUGCCAAAGCAGCUGCACGAGGUCGAAAAAGGGGCAACCCCUUCGAGGACAGCGACGAAGAAGAAGACGUGAUCAUGGAGGACGAUGAUUUUGAGCCACCUCCACCCUCGACACGUGCUACACGGGGCGCUACCAAAAGCACUCGGCAAACCACACUCAACUUUGCCUCGCAGUCCCAAAAACCGGCCAGGGCGACGCAAAAGGCGAUCGAGAUCAGUGACGAUGAGAUUUCAGAGGAUGAUGAUGCCUUUGAGACCAUGCCCGCCACGAGCAAGAGGGGCAAGCGUCGCUGA